CCGGUCUAGCCCCCAAAACCCUCUCUCUGCUUCCUUUUCUUUUCCAGCCGCAAGCAAGGAGGAGGAGGAGGAAGAACAAGAGCCGGCCGCUUGGCUGAUACUGUUUUCUACCUCACCUACCGGAAAAGAAGAAUCAGCAGCACCGGCGACAGUUCAACGACACAAGAUAAAUUUCGAGAUAUGAAAAUUGAACUGAAUAAUCAGCAUAAGCGAGAAGAGAUGGAGUUCGAUGAUAAUAGUGCUACUUUAAGCGAUUCCGACACUGCUUAUCAUAUCAGAGCUGCUCUUCUUUCCGUUCAAUCGGGAGAUACUGAAAUGUAUAUGCAGCUUGUGGGUAUUUUGCAUCAUUCAGAACGUCUCACCCCUGAUGAGGUUGCCCUUCUUUUGACUACUCUAAAAGUACUAUCUGCCAUAGUUUCUUGUAUAGACUAUGUUCACCAUGAAGCCCUUCUUAACUCUAUUUUUGGGAUGAACAUGUGGAAUUAUGGACCUGAUGUGAUGGAUGCCUUGCUCGAACUAGUUAUUGCGUUGGCAGCUUCAAAUGGAAAAUAUGUUGAUCCCAGCCUGGAAAUGCUUGUAGGUAAUUUUAUGCCACCAAUGUAUUAUGUUGACGUACUGAAGCAGCCACGAGGUCAGGCAAGAAAGGAUCAGGUUCUAUCUCGUGUGCAUAUAGCUCUGAAAGAUAUUGCUGAAUUGGUGCCUAUGGCGGCCUCUAGAUUAUCAUCAGUAGUUGUACACCGGAUGCCAACAACCUUUAAGAAGGAUCUCGAAAAGGAUCGUCUCAAAUGUAGAACUGAGAUCUACGUGGAGAACAUGCUAAGAUUGGAGAGUGGUGCAGUCGGAGAAUUUGUUGGAAGCAGGAUGCUUAUGGCAGUGAUUGAUAUGCUGGUAGAAUUGGAUGUGGCAAUUGGUUGGGAUGACAUUUUACGAGAUGACUCAUGCAAAGGCAUCUUUGAAAUCGAGUUAGAAGAUGCAGAUGAGAUUGCAGAUGAUGACGAAGACAAUGAUUAUGACGAGCUUCCAAGAACUUUAAGCUAUAAAAGCUUAGGUAAAAAUGCCGUUGCUAAUCUAUUAGACAGCUUAAUGGUGCGAACUUUUGAGCAUAUUGAAUUGUGUGCAAACAAUAAGCGUUUGAGUGAGGUUUUUGAAACUCUUUUGGAUUCUUUCAUGCUAACUAUCUUAACCACGUAUAAGUCAAAAUUUGCUCAGUUUGUGAUGUUCUAUGCUUGUGCACUUGAUCCUAAAAAUUGUGGUGAGAAAUUUGCUCAAAGACUCGGAGAUAGGUUCUUUUACGGACAUAACCCGCUUACAAGGAUGAGUGCUGUGGCGUAUCUAGCUAGUUAUCUGGCUCGCGCAAAGUUUCUGCCUAUUGCUUUUGUGGCCAGCACAUUAAAAAGGCUUGUGGAUUGGUGUCUGGAAUAUUGUCAAGCCCAAAAUGGUGAUAUGAAUCCAAAAGCACAUCAAGUUUUCUAUUCUGGAUGUCAGGCCAUAUUGUAUGUUCUGUGCUUUCGUAUGAGGUCAAUGUUGGAUGUUCCAAGGCUCAAAUCUCAGCUUCUCCACAUGCCCUUAGACCAGAUCUUGAAACAUAAGCUGGGUCCUCUAAAGGUGUGUUUGCCAUCUAUAGUACUAGAGUAUCUAAAACAGGCAAAGGCUGCUCAUCUGUUUACUGCAUCUGAAACAUUAAAUUUUGAAGAUAUGUUGGAAUCAGAAUUUUCCAGGGAUUUUGGUGGAGUAGAAAGAUUGGACAUGUUCUUCCCAUUUGACCCAUGUUUGCUUAAAACAUGUGACAGAAGUUUCAUCCGGCCAAACUUUGUGUACUGGAAGCAUGUCAGAACCACCUACAGCAAUGAUGAGGAGGAUAGCAGCGAUGAGGAUAUAGCAGAGGAUUUCGGUGCCGUAAAUGAGGGAAGUUUUAUGGAAGAAGGCGUCACAAUUAGCUUAGGCGGACGGCAUGACGAUCUUGAUAAAUUCGAUGAUGCAAUGAAUAAAAUGUCCAUCACACCCAAGAACGGCUUUGCAUACAGAUUUGGAGGAGAAAGAAUGCAAAUGCCUUCAAAGAUAAGACCAUCAACAAGUCCAGAAUCUUUGUGAUGACUGCAUGACUAUAACAAUCGACUGAUGUAACCAGUUCACUUGUACUGUGACAAUAAAGCAGCAAGAGAUGUAAUGUAGCUCACAAUCCAAUUUAACAUGGUCGACCACGAUAUGUCGACGUUGAUACAUUCUUCAUUAAGAAAAAUUGAAUAUGCACAUUAUGAACUUUCUAGAAAUUUAUUAUGAGAAAUCAAAUACUAGCAGAUAUUAUGACUAAAUUAGUUUAAACUCAUAUGUUCUUAAAUAUCUGGACAAGUUGAGAAUAUUUGAUGCUUAUGCAUCCAACUUGAAAAGGAAUGUUGAGAUUUGUCAUCAAUUACUUCACUCGGUGAGCAAAUAAACUUGAUGACUAAAUGUUCCUUGUAUUUUAUAUAAGGGUUAAUGUUAUAAAAAUUCACCAACUUUACACGUUUUCUCAUUUUAAUCAUGUAGUUUAAAUUUUCUCAUUUUCAUGCACGAACUAUCACUUUUUCUCAAAUUCAUGCACGGUGCUGAGGUGUCACGACUCCAUUGGUGGUAGUCGCUGAGGUAAAGGUCAUUUUGUACCAAUAAAUGAGUGCCACCUCAGCGCCGUGUAUGAAUUUGGGAAAAAAUGGUAGUUCGUGCAUGAAAAUGAGAAAAUUUAAAUUGCGUGAUUAAAAUGAGAAAACGUGUAAAGGUCGUGAUUUUUUUUGACAUUAACCCUUUAUAUAAAGAGUUGUAAAAUAUAAGCAUAACUCAUUCUCAAAUCUGUGUACUUUUUACUUUUUAUUUAUUUGGUCUCUCGUGUAUUUUGUUUUUUAGUUA